CGGCACAGCCGGGCAGCGGCGCCGCGGACCCGCGCCCGAGGGGCUCCGUUUCAGAGCCCACCAUGAAGAGACUCCUCGUUCUUUGCGACUGCCUCUGGGCCUGGAGCCUGCUGCUGAAUGCACUGACUGAAAGAAGCUAUGGACAAACCUCAUCGCAAGAUGAACUUAAAGACAACACCACAGUAUUUACCAGGAUAUUGGAUCGCCUGCUGGACGGUUAUGACAACCGCCUGAGACCAGGACUGGGAGAGCGUGUAACUGAAGUGAAGACUGACAUCUUCGUCACCAGCUUUGGGCCUGUUUCAGACCAUGAUAUGGAAUACACUAUAGAUGUAUUUUUCCGCCAAAGCUGGAAAGAUGAGAGAUUAAAAUUCAAAGGACCUAUGACUGUUCUCCGGUUAAACAAUUUAAUGGCCAGCAAAAUUUGGACACCUGAUACCUUUUUCCACAAUGGAAAGAAGUCAGUGGCUCAUAAUAUGACGAUGCCAAAUAAAUUAUUGCGAAUUACAGAGGAUGGGACACUGCUGUACACAAUGAGAUUGACUGUGAGAGCAGAAUGUCCAAUGCAUUUAGAAGACUUUCCUAUGGAUGUGCAUGCUUGCCCCUUGAAAUUUGGAAGCUAUGCUUAUACCAGAGCAGAGGUUGUGUACGAAUGGACACGAGAACCAGCAAGGUCAGUGGUGGUGGCUGAAGAUGGCUCUCGACUGAACCAAUAUGAUCUGCUUGGACAAACUGUGGACUCUGGAAUCGUUCAGUCCAGCACAGGGGAAUAUGUUGUUAUGACAACACAUUUUCACUUGAAGAGAAAGAUUGGUUACUUUGUCAUUCAGACUUAUCUGCCAUGCAUCAUGACAGUGAUACUGUCACAGGUGUCCUUCUGGCUCAACAGAGAAUCUGUUCCAGCAAGAACUGUAUUUGGAGUGACAACUGUCCUAACAAUGACCACGCUGAGUAUCAGUGCAAGGAAUUCACUCCCUAAGGUGGCUUAUGCCACUGCCAUGGAUUGGUUUAUAGCUGUGUGCUACGCCUUUGUGUUUUCUGCACUCAUCGAAUUUGCAACAGUGAAUUACUUCACAAAGAGAGGUUACGCAUGGGAUGGCAAAAGUGUUGUUCCUGAAAAGCCAAAGAAGGUGAAGGAUCCUCUCAUUAAGAAAAAUAACACGUACACAGCUGCAGCUACAAGCUACACCCCUAAUAUUGCAAGGGACCCUGGGCUGGCAACCAUUGCUAAAAGUGCAACGAUAGAGCCCAAAGAAGUUAAGCCAGAAACAAAGCCUGCAGAACCCAAGAAAACUUUUAACAGCGUCAGCAAAAUUGAUCGACUAUCAAGAAUAGCUUUCCCACUGCUUUUUGGAAUCUUUAAUUUAGUCUAUUGGGCUACCUAUUUAAACCGGGAGCCUCAGUUAAAAGCCCCGACUCCACAUCAAUAACCUCAUUUAUUCAUCUAGCUCUGUUUUGUCUUUUGCUCUGGGAAUUGCUUCCAGUUUUCACAUACAGUAAUUCCCAUUUGGAAUAUCAUAAAGGUUUCUUCAUUUAACCAGAAGUAAAAUAUAUCUGUAUAUUUAAGAACCCUAUAUACAAGGGAGAGAACAAUAUAAGCUAUGUAACUUUGGGAAACUGAUUCUUAAAAAGGGAAAGAAAGUUCUAGUAAUGGGGAAAAAAAAAAAAAAAAAAAAGGCAAGCAUUUGUAGAUAGCUUAAUACUGAAUGUCCCCAAGAUGUAUUGUAUAUGUACAUGAAAAAGAUAUUUUUAUUCAAUGGAUUGUGAGGAGCAGGAAAAUAUUCUUUUUGAUGUCCAUGUUGCACAUACUACACUGCACCACUUUUUCAGUC